UGUCUCUCUUUUUUUUUGUUUUUUUUUUUUUCUUUUCUUCUCCAUAUAAGCCCUACUGAGUCGAUUUUCCUAUACACUUGAUGGAAGGAAAAAACUAUUCAGCCGUUCCUCCUCCGCCAUCACUCACAGACAAAGAAACUCCAGUUAAUUUCAGUGAUGCGCUUUCUAGAGCAAGAGCGAUUGCAGAGAAAUUAAAGCAAACUACAGCUUCCACAACUGAACAACCACAACCGCCACAACAACAACCUUCCUCUUCUACAGUCUAUUCAGGAACAAAGCGUGGUUAUGAAGACAGUUCUCCAUCAACCAGUCAUCAGCAAGAUGACCGCGAAAAUAAAAGAAGUGCUUAUGACAGCGGUGCUUCUAGACCAUCAUAUGUGUCAAAUGAACCUCGUCGAUACGGUUUAGGUUCAGAAGAACGAAGACCAACGAGCAAUUAUGGAACGAAUUCGGGUCGUCAAGAAGAAUACAAGGUUCCUAAUCACAUGGUAGGAUUGCUCAUUGGCAAAGGAGGCGAGAAUUUGAAAAAGAUUGAACGCAUGUCUGGUGUUUCCAAAGUACAAUUUGCAGCAGAUACAUCGGGACCUGAGAGAGUUGUUUAUAUUGCAGGAGAGCCUGAUCAAAUCAGCAUAGCACGCGACAUGAUUCGACAAAUGGUAGAAGAUGCAAAAGUAACAGAAGCGAAUCGAAGUGGUGCUACGACUGCUCCCCCUGCUGGAGGGUACCAUCAUCAUCACCAUCAUUAUGGAGGAGCUGCAGGCGGUAACACGAUGACGAUCAGAAUACCAGUUCCAAAAGUUGGAUUAGUGAUUGGUCGUGGAGGUGAAACGAUCCGUGAGUUUGAACAGCAGAGUAGAGCAAAAAUCCUCCUCUCGUCUGACAGUUCGAAUGAUAUCAACAAUGAGAGAGCAAUCACUUUAUUAGGUGAUGAUGCAGCAGUACAACAUGCAAAACAUCUUAUUGAAGAACUUGUUUAUGGUUCACCCAACGUGAGUUUUAUAGUACUAUUGGAAAAAAAAACUAAUUUGAGUGUGUAGCUAUCAGCACCUCGUUUUGCAUCAUACGGUCUUGGCCAUACGACGAAUCCAAAUGAUCAAAGAAUUUAUGUGCCUAUCCCAUCUACAGUGGUUGGACUGAUUAUAGGCAGAGGUGGAGAAACGAUUAGAUAUUUUCAAGAACAAUCAGGUGCUCGAG